UUACCCACCACCCCCUCCUCCCCUUCGGAGCCGUCGACAAGGAAGACAGUAGGGCGAUUUGUGUUUUUAACCUUUCUCACUCGAAACACAUUUAGCUAGCCAUGGAUGAUUUUGAUAUGCUCAGCGCCCCUCAGGGAAGCGCAGGGAACGGCGUGGGAGGAGACGAGGACCCAGCGGCGGCUUUCCUGGCCCAGCAGGAGAGUGAGAUCGCGGGCAUCGAGAAUGACGAGGGCUUCAGCAUCCUGGACAGCGGAGAGGUUCCUUCAUCCUUCAGCCAAGAGGACGGUGGAGCACUGAAUGGAGAUCUACAUGGGGAAAGCAAUGGUCCUUCAGAUGUGUAUGCAGCCAUCUCCAGCGUAGACCGUUUGCAGGCCGAGCCGGAGAGCUUGCGGAAGUGGAGAGAGGAGCAGCGUGAGAGGUUGGAGCAGCUCGAUGCUAACUCACGUGAACAGGAGGCAGAAUGGAAGAAGAAGGCAAAGUUGGAGCUGGAUGAGUGGCACACUAGGCAGAACGAGCAGCUGGAGAAGACCAAAGUAAACAACAGGGUGCUGGAUGAGGAUUUCUACAAACAACCCGUCGCUGAUCUGAUUGGUUAUGUCACUCACAUUAACCAUCCUUGCUACCGCCUAGACCAUGGAGAGGCUAUUGCAAACCAACUGGACAGAGACUACGACAGCGGAAAAGGGGCGGCCGAGGAAGCCAUGGUGUCGGAGCUGGACGAGAACAGCCCUGGCACAGAAUGGGAGCGUGUGGCACGCCUUUGUGACUUCAACCCCAAGUCCAGCAAGCAGGCCAAGGACAUCUCCCGCAUGCGCUCUGUCCUUAUCUCCCUCAAACAGUCACCGCUCGUCCGCUAGGCUCCAACUCAAGUCCCUGCAGCCAUUGGAUCUUGUGACAUUCCUUUUGUUUGUGAAUUCCUUUGGCUGUGGCCCCAUCCCAUCAUGGUUUAGAGAUCCAUUUCCAUAUAUAAAUAAUCUAUAUUAUAUUACAUAAUAUGAUAUGGGUAUAUCUAUAUAUGUUUAUAUAUUUCAUCUAUAAAUAUAUACAUAUAUAUAACGAUGUUCAGAUUGUUUUUAUUUUUUUGGUGUCUAUUUUAAGGACCAAACUCCAUAUUGUCUUCAUUUUUUCAUGUAGAGACUGUGUGUGACGUUGUGACACUAUCAAUCUAUGCAUUUCCCUUGUUAAACUGUUCAGGAAAGAAGUACUACAUGUCUUGUGUAUGUUGUAUAUGGAUAUAUCCUGUGUGUUUAUGUAACUAUGUACAUAAAGACUGGCCCUCUAUACACUUAAAUAUGUGAGAGAAUGGCACAAGUUGUAGAAGAACAGAGCUGUACCCUAGUAAAUGUUGCCUCAUGUUCUCCAUUCUGUUUCAGUAUGAUUAAACACAUUUGAAAUGUCAAGAGUCUGAGUAUCUAUCCCAAUAGAAAAAAUAAAUCUUUUUAAGGUUGUUUUUGUUAACAUAUGUUAAAGUAGUUAACAUGAACUCAAAGUUUGCAAUAAUUUUUCCAGCACUUUUAAAAAAUGUAAUGUUAUUUUUAAGUUUAUAAGUUGUACUUUAUAUGUUAAAAUUAAUGCAUUAUGAC